AAUCGUCCAAAACGUUACUUUGGUUUUCAUUAUUUUCUUCUUAGAUUUCUAGGCCUUGGCUGGUGGCACCAUCCCGAUGAAGGCGAUACUAGAAACUUUUUUGGCUGGUACUUGUACUACGCCAUUGUAACGCAGCUGGUAUGGGUCGUUGGCUUCGUAGGUCUCGAAACAAUCGACCCCUUCGUCGGCGGCGAAAAGGACAUGGACAAAUUUAUGUUCAGCCUCUCCUUUGUCAUUACACAUGAUCUCACUUUGAUAAAACUCUGUAUUUUCUACUUCAGAAAUGCUGCAAUUCAAGACAUUGUGCAUACUUUGGAAGUAGACUUGCAUAGAUUUUAUCAGAAUAGUAAUAAAACUCGUCAUACCAUCAAAGUUUCUAGAAUAUUAACGGCAUCUUUUCUUUUCUUCGGUUGGACAACCAUUACGAAUGCAAGCGUAUAUGGAGCUUUUCAAGACAUAUGGUGGAAGGCUGAAAUAGCGAAACUAAAUGACACGGCUUUCAAAAGACCUCGCACAUUACCGCAACCGAUUUACAUUCCUUGGAAUUAUCAAAAAGACGCGUCCUUUAUUCCAACUUUCGCCCUAGAGACUAUAGGUUUGCUAUGGACUGGACAUAUUGUGAUGACUAUAGAUACCUUUAUUGGGUCGGUCAUACUCCAUAUGAGUUGUCAAUUUGUUAUUUUACAAGAAGCAUUAACUACUGCUUACGAUCGUACUAUGAAGCAAAUGUAUGAAGGUGCUCAAAGGGAUAUAACCGAUGAAGGAAAUUUAGCAUCGCAAUUGGAGACAAAAUAUGAUCCUCAUAAAUAUGAAGCCAUGGUAAAGAAACAUUACACAGAAAAAAUAAUCGAAACAGCUUUGGAGACGACUUUGAGAAACUGUUUUCGUCAACAUCAGACUCUCAUCAGUUGCGUAGAGAAAUUCAAACAGACCUACUCCUAUGGCUUUAUGACUCAAUUGCUUUCAAGUAUGGCGGCAAUUUGCGUUGUUAUGGUGCAAGUUUCGAGAGACGCGUCCAGUUUCAAGUCGAUUCGGCUCGUGACGUCACUCUCGUUCUUCGUCGCGAUGACCAUACAACUGGCUAUACAGUGCUACUCUGGAAACGAACUCACUAUUGAAGCAGGUCGCGUAGCCGAAGCAGUGAUGAAUAGCAAAUGGGAGCGCAUGCCCGUGCGUAUUCGCCGUAAUUUGCUGGUCGUGUUGAUACGCGCGCAACGCCCGUUGCGUCUAAGUGCGGGCGGGUUUGCUAAUAUGGAUAAUGCUUGUUUUUUGACCAUAAUGAAGGCAGCGUACUCAUAUUAUGCAGUACUUAGUCAAAAACAAAUGAAUUAG